AUGGUGGAUCGCAUCGCGCGGGACGAAGGGAUCGUGAUGAACACCAUCCAGUCCAAGUCUCUGCUCGGAGUAGGUUUAAUUGGGGAGGUACCAGUGCUGCUGAUAAAGCCACAAUCAUACAUGAAUUAUUGUGGUGAAGCAAUUGGACCGCUUGCUGCCUAUUACCAAGUACCUCUGAGGCACAUUCUUGUGAUUUAUGAUGACAUGAGUCUGCCCAAUGGUGUAUUGCGACUUCAACGGAAAGGUGGCCAUGGCCGCCAUAAUGGCCUACAGAAUGUAAUUGAGCAUUUGGAUGGCUGCCGGGAGUUUCCUCGUUUAUCUAUAGGCAUUGGUAGCCCACCUGGCAAAAUGGAUACACGAGCUUUUCUUCUGCAGAAGUUUAGUUCAGAGGAACGAAUUCAGAUUGACACCGCGUUGGAGCAAGGGGUGGAUGCUGUGAGGACCCUUGUGCUGAAGGGUUUUAGUGGAAGUAUUGAGAGAUUUAAUCUGGUCCAGAAGUACAAGUUCAACAGGGCUUGA